AUGGUCGACGGCGCGCGCGGCGUGCUCAACGCUCUGCUGGCGGACGUCUUUGUGUUCACGGACGCGGCCAGCGGCGCCGCCAGCGGCAAUUCCCCGGGGUAUGGCGCGGUGCUGGUGGCGGAGACGACCAGCGGGGCGCUCAUCUCGGCGGAGGCGUGCGCGACGCAGGGCGAGCCCGAGUCGCUGCGCGCCCCGGGGGACGACCCGCUGGUCGUGCCUGAGGACGUGGGGCGCGCAGCCGCGCAGCUGCUGCUGGACGAGGUGUCGCGCGGCGGCGUGGUGGACGGCGGCCACCAGGGGCUGCUGCUGCUGCUGGCCGCGCUGGGGCCCGAGGAGGUCAGCCAGGUGCGCCUGGGGCCCCUGACGCCGCACGCCGUGCGCACGCUGCGCCACAUCCGCGAGUUUUUCGGCGUCAUGUUUGAUCUGAAAACAGAGAACACGAGCGGCACCAUCAUCCUGACGUGCGUCGGGUGCGGCCUGAAGAACCUCAGCCGCAAGAUAACGUAA